AUGGCGUCCGCGGAGACGUCGCAGCAGCAGCAGCAGCCGCCGAGCAGCGCCAACGAUCGCAGCAGCAGCAGCGCCAGCAGCGAAGCAACUGCCGCUGCCGAACUGCAAACGGACAGCGGCGAAACGGAGCAGGCGCAGGCGGCGCAGCGACAGCGCAGUGGCGGCGGCUGCGGCGCUGCUACGCCGACGCAGCAGGAUAACAGCGACGACAAAGAUAAGAACGUAACGCCGGCAGCAACGCCACCUGGCGGCCGUUCGCCAAACACAACGCCCAGCAGCAAUUCGCCGCACCAGCACCAGCAACAACAACAACAAACACAGCAGCAGCAGCAGCAGCAACAACAACAACAAUUCUGCUUGCGCUGGAACAAUUAUCAAUCGAAUCUGACAACAAUUUUCGAUCAGCUGCUGCAAAACGAGUCCUUCGUCGACGUCACCUUGGCCUGCGACGGACGCUCGAUGAAAGCGCACAAAAUGGUUUUAUCGGCUUGUUCGCCGUACUUUCAGACGCUGCUCGCCGAGACGCCCUGCCAGCAUCCGAUUGUGAUAAUGCGUGACGUCAGCUGGUGCGAUCUGAAGGCGAUCGUUGAGUUUAUGUAUCGCGGCGAGAUCAAUGUGAGCCAGGAGCAAAUUGGGCCGCUGCUGCGCAUCGCUGAGCUGCUCAAGGUGCGCGGCUUGGCGGAUGUCACCCAAAUGGAGGAGUUAAAUACGGCGGCGGCAGAGGCGGCGGCGGCGGCAGCGGCAGAGGCGCAGGCUGAGGCGUCAACAGCAGAUACAGAGACGGAGUCAGCAGCUGCGGCAGCGGCGACAGCGACAAAUUCGCCCAAGCUGCGCUGCGAUUGGGAUUGCGGCGAAUUGCGUUUGUCGCCGCUGGAGCGAAAUCGGAAUGUGCGCAAGCGUCGCUGGCCAUCGGCGGACGCCAUUUUUAAUCCGCCCGCAAGUCCGUUAAGCAGUUUAAUUGCCGCCGAGCGCUUGGAGCAGGAGCAAAAGGAGCGCGAAAGAGAACGCGAACGGGAGCGAGAGCGAGACAGAGAUAGAGACAGAGACAGAGACAGAGAGUUGAAAACGUUGGCGCUGCCGCUGCCCCUCUCCAGCGCAGGCAGCGGCGGCAGCGCAAUGCCAUCGCCAGCAGCGACGCCGACGCCGACAUCAGCAGCAGCAUCAGCAGUGGCGAGUCGCUGCCCACGCUCGCUGCCCAGUCCGCAGCAGCAGCAGCAGCAACAACAACAACAGCAACAGCAACACUUGCACCACCUGCAACAACAACAACAACAGCAUCACUCUGCUACUUCCGCUUCCGGCGCUGCUGCUGCCGAGACGCGUUUUCCUUUGGGCUCUGCUGCCGCAAUGGCCGCCGCUGCCGCCAUGGAGUUAAGCGUCGCUGCCGCCGCUGCAUCGGCAGAGCAACGUUUGCCGCUGCCGCCACCGCCGCCACAUCAUCAUCAUCAUCAUCACAGCGUCGCUGCGGCGUCGUCGUCAGCGUCGCUGGCGGACGACAUGGAGAUCAAGCCGGGCAUUGCGGAAAUGAUACGCGAAGAGGAACGGGCAAAAAUGAUGGAGAACUCGCACGCUUGGAUGGGUGCCACUGGCUCCUCGCUAGCAGCAGACAGCUAUCAGUAUCAACUGCAGUCGAUGUGGCAAAAAUGCUGGAACACCAAUCAGAAUCUAAUGCAUCAUAUGCGAUUUCGCGAACGAGGCCCACUGAAAUCCUGGCGUCCCGAAACAAUGGCCGAGGCCAUCUUCAGUGUGCUGAAGGAGGGGCUGUCGCUGUCGCAGGCAGCCCGCAAAUACGAUAUUCCAUAUCCGACAUUUGUACUCUAUGCGAAUCGGGUGCACAACAUGCUGGGACCCUCCAUCGAUGGCGGACCCGAUUUGCGACCGAAGGGCCGUGGCAGGCCGCAGCGCAUUCUGCUGGGAAUUUGGCCAGAUGAGCAUAUUAAGGGUGUCAUCAAGACGGUCGUUUUUCGCGAUAACAAGGACAUGAAGGACGAUAGCUUGGGUGCCCAUCUGCCGCCGUACGGUCGGCAUUCGCCCGUGUUUUCCUUGCAGGACAUGCCGCUGAGCUAUCCAGGCGCCGGUGGUGGUAUGCCCGGCAGCGGCGCCGCCAGCCUGAGCGCACUGGCCUGCCCCAAUGGCAUGGGCGGCGCGGCAGGAGGCGGGGCAUCGGGCGGUGGCGUCGGCGGCGCUGGCGGCAUUGGCGGACCUGUUGUUGGAGCCGAGCAGCAAAUGUCGCAGGAGCAAAUGUCGGCAGUGGCCGCCGUCGCGCACAAUAUACGCCAGCAGAUGCAAAUGGCAGCGGCAGCGCAGCAUCAGCACGGGGAGGCGGGGCCGCCGCCGCAUCCGCCACCGCCGCCCGGCCUAUUCCAAUUACCGCCACACUUGGCGGGUGGUCCGGGCGGUGGCAGGGCGAGCAUAUCGCCGGCGCUGAGCAGUGGGUCCAAUCCAUCGCUGGUGGGCCCGCCAAGGCAUGCGGCGUCACCGUGCGGUCCCGCCGGCCUCAUGCCGAAUCUGCCGCCCAGCAUGGCCGUUGCACUGCAUCGUGAUCAGAGCACCGCUGCUGCCGCCGCCGCCGCUGCCGCACUGCUCAGCCAGCAGCAGCAGCAUCACUUGCAACAGCUGCAGCAGCAGCAUGCAAUGCACCAACAGCAACAGCAGCAGCAACAGCAACAACAGCAGCAACAGGUGCAUCCUCAUCAUCUGCAACAGCACAAAUCCGGUUUCGGUGCCAGUUCCAUGCCACAACAGCAACAACAGCAGCAACAACAGCAACAACAGCAACAACAGCAGCAGCAGCAGCAACUCCAUCAGCAGCAGCAACAGCAUCUUGGCCUGCUCCAUGCGGACAAGUCCAAGGCGAAGACUAGUCCACUUCGCAGCGAGACGCCCAGUUUGCAUUCCCCGCUAACGGAUUUGGGUCUGGAGCUGGGCUACAAACGGGAUUAUUCGCCCAGCCGUCUGUUUGCCGAGGAUCUGGCUGAGCUGGUGGGCGUUGGCAGCAACGUGGGCAUCUCCUCCUCCACAUCGGCAUCCUCAACAGCCACAACAACAGCAGCAGCAGUACCAGCGAUGCCAGCAACUGCAGCUGGAGUAGGAGGUGUCGGUGGAGUCGUCUCUACUGAGAUCUGCUCCAGCAGCAGUGGCAGUGGCAUCAAAGUGGAGCCCAUCACAACCAGCAGCGAGUAGAGAUUCCCAGCUCCACAACAACUAAACAAUCAAAAAAAACGCAAAACAAAUUGUUUAUUUAAUUUUUUAAUUGUAAACAAUUUAGAAUUGAGAAGCGCAGUAAAAAAAAAACAAAAACAUUUUUGAAAAAGAUUGUACUUUAUACUAUAUAGUAUCUAAAAGAGAUAUUGUAUAUAAGGUCGAACCUCUCUAAAUCGGAACACAAUUCGAUAACUAAAACUAUCUAUUCUGUCACAAGUCGAAUUCAGAUUGCUUGAUUUUGAGUACUUUUCAAAAUUAUAUUUACCACAGUUUGAAGAUGUUUGGUUUGUUACUAAUUUCAAUGUGUAUAUAGUCUAUACUUGUACGGUUUCGAUUUAGAGAAGUUCGAGAUUAUAUACCGUAUAAAUAUAUAUCUCAAAAGCGCGUUCCAUUUUCAUUUUGUCGGUCGGUCGUUCAACUUAAGUCCACUUGAUGUUUUGCAUAGUUUUUAAAUUUAAAUUUAAUCAAAGUACGUAUUACAAGAAAUCGAAAAUCAAAACAAGUAUUAUUAUGUUAUAGCGCCUAAGCUUAAUCAAUUAAAUAGCGAUCUCUUUAAUUUUAAACAGUUCAACUCUAAAUCCCAAAAAAAAAAGCAAAACAAAAAAAAUAAAAAUAAAA